AUGAACGCCAAGACCGUCCUCGCCAUCGCCGUUACCGCCAUCAUCGGCUCGGCCGCCGCCUCCAGCUCAUCCAGCUCCGACGCCUGCUCGUCCUCGCAGCAGACCUCCGCCUACACGACGCUGGCCAGCCUGCUGACGCUCGACUCGUUCCAGGGCUGUGUCGACGACUCUGGCUACAGCCUCUUGUACUCCACGUCGCUGCCCACGGACGCCGAGUACGUCAAGAUGUGCGCGUCCAGCGACUGCCAGUCGCUCAUCGAGUCCAUCAUUGCGCUCAAGCCGCCCGACUGCACCCUGGAGGUCCCCACGAGCGGCCUGGAGGUGAACGUCUACGAGCUGGCGAACGGCUUCUCGAGCAUUUGCUCGUCGCUGUCGAGCGACUCGUCAGCCAGCACCAGCACGACCUCCACCACCUCCACCUCGACGACGUCCACCGCUGCCAGCACCAGCGCCGACACGACCUCGACCUCGACCACUGCGACGACCACGACGGCGUCGGCCGCGACCUCGACGGCUGCGUCGACCGCCAGCGACGCCACGACCGCUUCGUCGAACUCGACGGAGACGGCCACGACGGCUUCCAGCUCGGACGCCACGACGGCCACCACCACGACGACGGCUACGGCCUGCUAA